AUGCUUUGGCACCUUUGGAAAUCAAAAAUUACAACAAUAGUGAAAUUGAAUAUCGAAGACUUGCAAAUGUCAUAUCCACGUAGCUCCACUGCUUUGCUGAAUAGGUGCACCGCGGCUGAGUUGCCGGUUAUUCUCAUGAAGUUUCGGCCUAAGGACCGUGGCACUUAA